UCGUAUAAAGAACAGAGACGGGCGUAACAUCGCUCUACGCAUUUCCUGGCCCAGACAAGACUUGGCUCUUAAGCAGACGCGACGGCACGCUGUAUAAAUGGCACGCGAAGUGCGUGCCGCCGUUUUAGUCCUUUUUACGAAACGGAAGGAGGAUGGCCGUCGCCAAGAAAAUCGGUAUUGUCUAUCUGGUGACACGCGUCUACCUGACGAGUGCCAUAAUGGUGACCAAGGAAUCCUUGGAGUCGACGAGCGCACCGCGUUUGUGGCAUAGUUAUUUGCCCGUUACGAGCUCUCCAUUUCCGAAACAUUCAAACCAUCAAUACGAUGAUCAUCGCGCGAUUAGCAACGCGGCUCUGGAAAAACUGACGUCUUCUAGAGAUUCACAGACAGAGCAUCCAACGGGACUUCAAUCCGCGUCGACCUCCAAUAAUCGUAGGCAGAAAUUGCAAACAGGCUCUCAGAGGUUCCCUACGGAAAUUCAGGACGGUGUUUUGCUUUUGGCAAAAGUGCCGAACGCAUCUCCACCACCAUCAACGACGACGACGACGGCGAGGACGACAACGUUGUCGAGACCUCGAGAUACUCGGGAAUAUCAUCAUCACGCACCUCAACAGUUCGCGUACCAGAAUGCCGAAGUACACGACGAAUACCUCACGCACGAGCUGGAUGACGAUAAAUUGCCGUAUCGUGGAAAAGUUGGGACAGCGACGUAUUACCAUCGAAGGCCUCAAGACAUAACGGCUGCUAUCAAGGCCCUCGAUCGCUUUCUGAGCCAUACUCUAAACGACGAUGGCUACAAUAGCAAGGUACAUCCGCCGCCCAAUCCCGUUCUAGCCCUCGUCUUGUCCCGAUACGGACGUUACGUGCCCGGACCGCGAAACCCUCGGGUAUACGCGUAUUUGGCGGCGAACAAUAUCCACAACCAUCAACCCUUUGGCAAGUACAAAUACGAAUUCGACGAGGAGCCGAUUUACACGACGAGAAGAUAAUGCAUGUAACCAAUAUUAAUUUGCCCCCAAACGCAAUUGAAAACAUGACAGUGUAAACAAAUGUAUGACAAUA